AUGGCGGACGAUCUCUCCAACCUCACCGUGGGCGAACGGUUCCUUAGAGAUACCCGCGUCUUCCGUGAGCUUAUCGACCACCCGAGCGGGCGUCAGGACACCCCCGAGGCCCAGAAACGGUUGUGGGACUUGUACCAGGAGUUUGCUCUCGUGGGGCAAAUCAUCGACCGCCUCCAUCUCUUCAGUGAUAACGAGGGGAUCGAUGAGGUGACGACGUCGUAUCUCCCCUUCCUCAAUUGCCCCUACUACGGGGCCCGGGUGGCGAGCCAAUUGAUGGUGAAUCUCGCCACCGGCACUGACGCCGGCGUCGCCCAGAAGCCGGCGGCCCUCGCCACCGCCAAACGGCUCUACGUGAGGUUUCUUAUCGAGUGUCUGAACUACCACCUACUUAACCAGGACCAACAGCGGCGCAUAGACUCGUUCAAACUGCUGUACGACCCGCUGGCGGCGGAGUUGGCAGGGCCCGCCAACCCGAUGGCGCGACGCCAGCAAAAGAUCGACAACUACAAACAGGCGCGGCAACUUGAGGCUAAGCUCAACAUUCUUGACGAUUACUAUAAGCCCGGCGACGAGUCGUUCGGCAAUUUGGACGAGCUGGUGGUGCGCCAGGUGUUUUUGGACCAGAUCCAGUACCAUAUCCUCAAUGCCUUUUCCAACUUAGAGCUGGUGGCGAUGGAGUUGGAAGUGCUCGGUAACAUCCCCGACCACGCCGACGUCUCGAGCAAGCAACAACUACAGCAGCAGCAGCAGCAGCCGUCGGCACCCGAAGACCCCACUGGGUACACCCCGCGCGUCGAGUCCAUCAGCCACCACGCCACCCCCGGCGAUCUCCUUUCCCGCCAGGGGAAGAUUCUCCGUCCCUUCACCAUCACUCUGGACCGCAACCAACUUAAGCUGAAAGUGUUUGGCACCGGUCAGGUGCUCCCGCUGAUGACGGUGGAGGAGUACUUGGACUGGGAGCUUAAAAACGGCAAGAUGGCCGCCGAAGACCCCAACGGAAUGAAACAGGAGGUCGACAGCGACGAGUACGAUCUGGACGAGGAGCGGGAACAGCGGGCGUGGGACGACUGGAAGGACGCCAACCCGAAAGGGGCGGGGAACAUCAAGGGCAACAUCGGAUAA